GCGCCCCGCCGUCGCCGUGACGGGCAGGCGAGAGGGGACGCAGUUGAUGGCGGCUGCGCGGUAGAGACGCUGGCCUCGCUGGAGCGCAGGGCUGGGCGGAGGCGAAAGGGACUGGCGGCGGCGGCCCGUCGGGACGUCUUCCGCAAAGGCGGGGGUAACUGAAAAGGAAACUGAACUGCCUUCAACAGAGUUACAGCGACAUUUGAGGGAAAACAGAUUCUGCCUUUUUGACACAUCUGAGUGAAGUCGCCAAACAUGUCAGGAAUCAAAAGAACUAUAGAAGAGAUGGACCCAGACUACGAGGAGAUCUCGCAUGUACCUACAAAUAAACGUCAUAAAGCAGUUGAGCAGUCAGCACGAGAUGCUGCAGUACAGAAGAUUGAGGCAAUUAUUAAAGAGCAGUUUUCUGUAGAAAUGAAGAAUAAAGAACAUGAGAUUGAAGUCAUAGAUCAGCGCUUGAUUGAAGCAAGAAGAAUGAUGGAUAAACUGCGAGCCUGCAUUGUUGCAAACUACUAUGCUUCUGCUGGUCUUCUUAAAGUUGGAGAGGGAACCAAGACCUGCGAUCCUAUGGUUUUUAACCAUCCAUCUAUCAAGAGAUUUUUGGAAUCUCCCUCCAGAUCAUCAUCUCCUGCUAAUCAGGGGUCAGAAACUCUGUCAGUUAACCAUUCAGAAAGCGAAUCAUCCCAACACAUGGACUAUUUGAUGGGAAAGGACAAUGGCAGCCUGGAUGUAGAAGAGCGAUUAUCAAACAAGCUUGACCAGAGGCUGAGCAAGAAUUCUGGGCAGGGCACUUCUGGUGCUGCUAGAGGUCACAAAGGGGGCCUGAGAAAUGCUGGUCACUCAAAUGACGAACAUUCGCGGCUGUUUGUGAAGAAAACCAUAGUGGUUGGCAAUGUCUCCAAGUACAUUCCUCCUGACAAGCGAGAAGAGAAUGACCAGUCCACUCAUAAAUGGAUGGUGUAUGUACGAGGGUCCCGAAGAGAGCCCAGCAUUGAUCACUUUGUUAAGAAAGUCUGGUUCUUCCUUCAUCCCAGCUACAAACCUAACGAUCUUGUCGAAGUCAGAGAGCCUCCUUUCCACCUGACUAGACGGGGCUGGGGAGAGUUUCCUGUCAGGGUUCAGAUUCAUUUCAAAGACAGCCGGAACAAAAGAAUUGAUAUCAUACACCAUCUGAAGUUGGAUAGGACGUACACAGGUCUACAGACGCUAGGUGCUGAAACGGUGGUGGACGUUGAAUUGCACCGGCAUUCUUUUAGAGAAGAGUAUGUCUUCUCCCAGUCUUCAGAUUCUGAUCUUUCUGAUGCCCCCACCUCGUUGCAUUUGCCAUUAAAUAUGCCAGCACCUGUAAAAGCAUCCUCACCAAUAAAGCAGAUGCAUGAAUCCAUUACGCAUACUUCUGUUGAGAAAGGGUUCAGAUCUGAAGCCGAAAGACAUACAACCUUCUAUUCCUUGCCGUCAUCUUUAGAACGGACUCCCACAAAGCUGGCUUCACAGAAAGUUACUUUUGGUUCUCACGGCAACUCAGCUUUUCAGCCAAUUGCUGCUAGUUGCAAAAUAGUGCCUCAGGGUCGAAUCCCAAGCCCUGCUGAGUCUCCGGGCAAGUCUUUUCAGCCCAUCACCAUGAGUUGCAAGAUUGUGUCAGGAUCUCCAAUAUCGACCCCAAGUCCUUCUCCACUACCUCGAACUCCAACUUCCACUCCAGUGCAUAUGAAGCAAGGGGCUGCCACCCCUGCAGUCAAUAACCCUUACGUUAUUGUGGACAAGCCUGGUCAACCGGUUGGUGCAGCGGCCACGAGCACAGGUAGCCCUGGAGGUAAGGCUACAAUUGUUUCUCAAGGGACGGCAUCUCCGGUAUCAAAGAUCCCUGGGAGCAGUUUGGUAACCUCUGCUGUCAAGCAGGAAGAUUCUCUCUUUGCAACCAUGCCGCCUCUGUGUCCAAUUGGGAGUCACUCCAAGGUACAAAGUCCUAAAUCUGUGACCGGAGGAUUUGGAACAUUUACAAAGGUAAUAAUCAAGCAAGAGCCUGGAGAACCGCCCCAGCAGUCUCCAGCACCAGUGACUGGGACAACCUCUCAGACCUCAGUGCAGCAAUACGUUACGGUGAAAGGAAGUCACAUGAUUGCUUUGUCACCCCAGAAGCAGAUUGUGAGCACUGGAGAGGGAUCCACAUCAUCUAAGGUCAUUAGUGUUCCAGUCGGGUCUGCUUUACCCAAGCAAGCUGUGGCUAUCGGUGGUGGGCAGAUACUAGUAGCAAAAUCCAGCCCUUCAGUCACAAAGGCCGUUGGUGGAAAGCAAGUCGUAACGCAAGGAGUUGCAAAGGCAAUUGUGAGUGGCGGUGGAGGGACCAUCGUGGCUCAGCCUGUGCAGACUUUAACAAAAGCUCAGGCGCCAUCAGGAGCUCCCAAAAGUGGAACCCAAGGACCAGUGAUGGCAACAUUGCAACUUCCAGCCACGAAUCUGGCCAACUUGGCAAAUCUGCCCCCCGGGACUAAGCUGUACCUUACCACAAACAGCAAGAACCCUUCUGGGAAAGGAAAGCUGCUGCUUAUACCUCAAGGAGCCAUUCUGCGAGCCACAAAUAAUGCCAAUCUGCAGUCAGGCUCUUCAGCAAGCGGAGGUGGGGCAGCCCAAAGCACAAGUACUGGCUUAUCACAGCAUCUUACCUACACAUCCUACAUCCUCAAGCAAACACCACAGGGCACCUUUUUAGUUGGCCAGCCAUCUCACCAGAGUUCUGCGAAACAAGCAACAUCUGGAACAGUUGUGCAAGGUAAUGCAAGUGCCGGGACACCAUCUGCUCAAGGACACCAGGCGUUGAAAGUGAUAACUGGACACAAAACAGCAGCUCUGUUUGCACAGGCGGCUUCCAGUGGACAAGCAUCACUGAUGAAAAUAUCCGAUAAUACACUGAAAACCUUGCCAGCAUCAUCGCAGCUCUCCAAACCUGGCACCACUGUGCUAAGAGUAUCUGGUGGAGUGAUCACUGCAGCGACAACAUCGUCCGUGACUCUGCCAACAAAUGGAGUUGCACAGCAAGCGGACAGUGGAAGCUCUAGCUCAUCUCCAGCUGCAGGCCCUGUAGUGAAGGUGUCCGGACAGCAGCCACAAGUUUCUGCCAACCAGGGGCAAGCAGCAUCGGCUGUUCCUAAUAAAACAAAUGCAUCUGCGGUUGUAAGCAUUGCUUCUUGGGUGGCUGCCCCAGCCCCAACAUCUGGGAAAACUGCAGUAUCAGGAUUGUUAAAGAUCCACUCCAGUCAAAAUAGUCCCCAGCAAGCUAUUUUGACGGUUCCCAGCCAACUCAAGCAACUUGGUGUGAGUGCUGCCUCUGGAGGAGUCCAAACAAUAUUGAUGCCCGUGAACAAAGUGAUACAAUCACUUUCAUCCAGCAAAGUGUCUGCUGUUACACCCGUAACCUCAACAAAUGCAGUUGUUCCAAGCCCUUCUGCAGUGUCUGUUGCAAAAGUUAAGCUGGAGCCUGAUUCAGCAGGACAGAGCUGCAGUUCACUUAUCUCCCAAGAUGGUCAGGUGACAGUGAAAGCAGAGGAAAGUUCUGAACUUGGAAACUAUGUCAUUGGGACAGAGUAUUUGGACAACCUCCAGCAACUUUUGACAGCAAUAGUAAAGAAAGUGCCAUUGAUUGCUGAGAGAACUGAAGAUGCCAACUCCUAUUGUGCCAGUUCUGUGGAACAAUAUUAUACCUGGAAUAUUGGAAAACGGAGAGCUGCAGAGUGGCAACGAGCACUGACAAUAAGGAAAAUCCUCCAAGAAAUCAUAGAGAAACACCCAAAAUUUCACAGCAUUGCCCCCUUGAAAACAAAGCAGGUUGUAAAUUGGUGUCGCUCCCAUGGCUACACACCACCUGACCCGGAAACUCUGAGGAAUGAAGAUUCCAUAGAAGAUGUGCUAACACAAAUAGACAACGAGCCAGAAUGCUCAUCUUCUUACACCACUGGGGAAGAACUAUGUCGAAAGCUGGAAGAGCUGGAGCGGUUCCUCAAGCAAGAGCCAGACAAUGACGAGGAAAUAGACAUUAUCAACGUUGCUGAGCCUCUAAAAAUUAACAUUAAAAAGGAACCAGAGGAGAAGCAAGAGGAAGCAAAGUUCUACUUGGCACCCCAACCUACAUCAGAGUUUGUGCGCGAGACAGUGGAGCAGAUAGGAAUUUCCUUUCAGCCUGUAGAGCUGCACAAGAACGUCUAUGCGUCCGUAGUAGAAGAUAUGAUUUUAAAGGCCACAGAGCAACUGGCAAGUGAUAUACUAAGAGAAGCUUUGGCGGUUGGUUACCAAGCAGCACCUCACAGCAGGACUCCAAGAGAGAUCACCGUGAUGAAUAUUCACCAAGCCAUCUGUAACAUUCCCUUUCUGGACUUCCUCACAAACAAGCAUAUGGGAAUACUGAGUGACGAACAGUGAUCUGGACUGGAAAGCAACAUGAACCGCAGAAUAAAGAUUUUGGCACAAUCCCAUUGUGUUCAAAUAAAUAUAUAUUUUAGUGUUUGGUCUAGGCUACCUUGAAUACUACAAAUUAGUGUUUCAAUUUUUUU